AAGAAACCUCCGCGAAGCGUCUGGCCGCAGAGAACCAGAGGUUUCGCAGCCAGCUUCGCUGAACGGCAGCUGGGGCUCCCGGCUCGCCUACGCCUGCCUGGGUGACGGGCAAACCGAGCGCAAACGCUGCUUCAGGCAGCGGUAGGGGCGUGCAAGGCUGCGGGGCCGGGCCGAGGCGGGCGGUUGGCGGCAGCAGGCCGCCCUGAGCCGCGGUACCUGCGCCGUGCGGCCACGUGAGCGCCACAUCAGCGCCGCUCCGCGCCUUCACAGCCAGCGGCCGCGCAGAGGGCAGGCGGCGGCCGGGCUCCUACCCCCUGCAAAGCCUCGGCUCCCCUCGGCGCACCGGUCCGGGGUGCAGCCGGCCCCGGCUCGGAAAGAUGCUGCAGUCGCUGGCGGGCAGUUCCUGCGUCCGGCUGGUGGAGCAGCACCGCUCGGCUUGGUGCUUCGCCCUGCUGGUGCUGGGCUACCUGCUCUACCUGGUGUUCGGCGCUGUGGUCUUCUCCUCGGUGGAGCUGCCUUACGAAGACCUUCUGCGCCAGGAGCUGGGGAAGCUGAAGCAGCGCUUCUUGGAAGAUCACGCUUGCCUUUCGGAGCAGCAGCUGGAGGAGUUCCUGAUGCGGGUGCUGGAGGCCAGCAACUACGGCGUCUCGGUGCUCAGCAACGCCUCGGGCAACUGGAACUGGGACUUCACGUCCUCGCUUUUCUUCGCCAGCACCGUCCUCUCCACCACGGGUUAUGGACACACAGUCCCUUUAUCUGAUGGAGGAAAGGCCUUCUGCAUCAUCUACUCAGUCAUCGGGAUUCCAUUUACACUGCUCUUCCUGACAGCAGUGGUACAGCGCAUCAUUGUCUAUGUCACCAGGAGGCCUGUCCUGUAUUUCCACAUCCGCUGGGGCUUCUCCAAGCAAGUUGUUGCAAUUAUCCAUGCUGUAGCUCUUGGCUUCAUCACUGUCUCGUGCUUCUUCUUAAUCCCAGCAGCAAUAUUUUCUGUUCUUGAAGAUAAUUGGAAUUUUUUGGAAUCUUUUUACUUCUGUUUCAUUUCCCUGAGCACCAUUGGCCUUGGAGACUAUGUGCCAGGAGAAGGCUACAAUCAGAAAUUCCGAGAGCUGUAUAAAAUUGGGAUCACAUGUUAUCUCUUGCUGGGCCUCAUUGCAAUGCUGGUUGUUCUUGAGACUUUCUGUGAACUCCAUGAGCUCAAAAAGUUCAGGAAGUUGUUUUAUGUGAAGAAGGACAAGGAGGAGGACCAAGAGCAAAUACUGGAACAUGACCAGCUCUCCUUCUCUUCCAUCUCAGACCAAGCAGCCUCCAUGAAGGACGAUCAGAAGGCAAAUGAGCCUUUUGUGACUUCUCAGUCCCCAACUUCCAAUGACAGCUCUCUAAACAAUUAAUAGAGAGAUAUCCAUACUGUUGUUUUGGUGCAUUUAUGCUACUUACCAUAAGAAAUAGGACUCCUAAUAAUUUUUUAAUGAAAAUCUACAAGCUGGAAGACUGUGCUACUUUAACCAGGAUUCAUAACUUCUGACAUAGAGAAGACUUCUGGGGAAAAAUGUGGGAGCCACCCUGGGAGUAGGGAGAAAAUAUAGGAUGUGGCUGGGAACAUUAGGCCGUAUUGCUAGAGAGAUUAGGCCAUAUUGCUAGAGAGGUGUACCACUUUCAGAGGUGCCAGAAAGAAAGGCUUGCACAAGCACAUGCAUUCAACUCAUCUUUAGGAUAAUAGAGGCCUUCAUUGAUGUGCAACUCAUUUAAUUGCGUGCCCCAUCUUGCAGCUGGGUGGCAUAGCACAUUUUGGAGUGUAUGCUUUUGGUUGUCAAAGUGGAGUCACAGAUUUAGUCCUGAAACACCAGAAGUCUGCAUCUGGAAAAUGUUUCCAGAGCAGGAUCUAUAGAUCUAUUAUAAAGGGAAGUAUCUAGACCAUUCCUCUAUUACCCAGUAACUCUGGGGUGCAAAUAAUGAUUCUGUGAAUGAAGAAAUAAGGGGCUGGUCCCUCCUCUGCCUAUGUCAUUUACAUUCACAUUUCCUCUUUCCUUAAAAGGUCUUCUAGUCAUGAGAAAAAUGUUGUCCUGAGGAAUGUGUGCCUUGAGUCUUCUAUGCCAUUUGUCUUUGUAUGAAAUGCUUUUGUAAACUGAUGGAUAGCAAGAUAAUUCAGAUUACUGGGUGAGAUGGAGUUGUAGAGAAGGAGACAGCUGCACUUCAAUCCUCUGUCCUCUGAAAUGGGCAGUAGUGGGUUAUGAGCUAUGUGGAAUAGAACGGAAAAGAGUCAGCCUGUGCUGUGAUUGGCAUAGACAUGUGCUUAUUGCAUUCUCCUAGUAGAUGAGUGAAACCUGUUCAGCAAAAGAAGGACUCAGGGAUGUUUCUUCCACAGUCCAUCAGUGCAUGCUUUCUGCUGAGCUAUCAGGUAAGAAGAGAAGCAAAAAUAGCAUCACCUUUGAUUGUAGCUCCUUUUUUCCUGCUUUGUUAUUACUGCUCAGCCCUUUGAAGGAGAAAGGAAUGUUUCAGGGCAAAGCAAUUUUUCAGUUUUGCAUAAACAAGGGAAAAAGGGAAAUGUUACAUCUGGUUCAGAUGGAACUGAAUUUUAUUCCCCCUGGGAAAAGUCACUAAAAAGUUAAAAUCCCACUCAGUUUCUGAACCUGGAGCCUCUUUGGCUGUAACAGGACAGAGAUUGUAGUCCAGCUACCAGUCACUGUGCCGAAUGCAGAGACCUUGGAGUCAGUGAUCGGGAGAUGAGACUAAAGUGGUUGUAGUACUUUCUCUUCUGGCCUUAAGCAAUGAUACAGGAAUCUUGAUAAUGCUUUGCAAUGAGCAAAAAGAUCUGGAGCACAAAUAGCCAUAUUAGGAGAGCCUCCCACAUAGUGUAGAGGAGAGCCAUUUCCCUGCAGUGCAAGCAUGCCAGAUUGCCUGUGAUUUGGCUUUUAGUGUUUAGAGCUGAAUAAUGUUUUACUAUAGAACAAAAUGCAGCGUGUCUAGAGUUAGCACACGUGGGAAAAUACUUGAAAGUCAAUAACCCAAAAAUAGACUGUGUUUGAGCUUAAUUAUAGUUAGCAUCAAACAGAUUUUAUACCUUUACUGGAAAAACUUACUUUGUGGUUAAAUCAGCUGAAACUCUUCAAGUAAAAUUUAUAUUUAUAGAAAACCAGAGGUAAAGGUUUGGUUUGAUUUGGGAUUUAUUAGGUGAGAGCAUACCAUGCAUGUUCCCAGGAAAGUGGCUAUUUUUAUACUGCUUAAGUUAACACAGUUCUAUUUAUAAUGAAUGUUAACCAGUAUGUAUAUACCUAUAUACAUAAAUAUAUUUAUAUACUGUACAUAGAUCAUAAAUCACUGGAACUUAACAGACAUAGGAAUGGCAUUUUAGGUCAUUUUCUUUUCCCAAGGCUCUUCUUUAUGCAGUCAAUACUUGAAAACUAUAGCAUUAAAAUGACACCAACGUAAGAGUACUGUACUAGAAGAAACAUUUAUACUGGGUUUUAUUCAGUGGAAUUCUAUUGAUUGUUUUCAGUACCUUAAAAUUCAAGGUUUCUUUUCGUUUCAGUGUGACAUUAAAAGAUAUGCACAGAGGUUAAAUGAUGUACAGAGUUGAUUUUGCAGCAUCCACAGAAUUGCAGCGUAGACACGUGAAAUGAAAGCACAGAAUUCAAAGCCGAAGCGAUAACCUAAGCGGUAUACUGUGAUGUAGGUAUUUGUCAUUUUAAACUUAAAUAAAAACCCUGGCUUUUGCUUGCCUGCCCCACAAAGUGGGGAAUAUUUUCUCUAGUGAUGUGUGUGUGCACAUACUAUGCAAAAAUCCUGUCUGCCUUUGUCAAGAUCCUUUAGUUUGCUUUCUUCAGCUCAAGGCGAGACCAUUAAUGCCAGAGCGUGUUACCUAAUCUUGGUGUUAAUUGUAGCAUAGCACUGUGUUGAUUAUUCCUAUCAGGAAAAAGGGAUUCUAAAAUGUGUUUGUUUUUUCUGUUUGUUUGUUUCAGAUGCUGACUGAUUAUAGCAAAUAAAAAAAAUAGUGGCAUAACAUCAA